CGCCGGCGGGCCAAGAUGGCGGCCUCCUGCGUGGCGGUGCUGGCUUUGGUGCUGCUGCCCGUGCUGCUGCUGGGCGCGUGGAAGCGUGGGCGGCAGGCGGGAGCGGCUCCGCACGUGGUGGUCAUGGUGCUGGGCGACGUGGGCCGCAGCCCGCGCAUGCAGUACCACGCGCUGUCAUUGGCCCAGAGCGGCUUCUCGGUGACGCUGCUGGGGUUCUACAACUCCAAACCUCGAGACGAGCUCUUGCAGAAUGAUAGCAUUCAGAUUGUGAAGUUGACAGAGCUGCAGAGUCUGGGAGCUGGACCCCGAGUUCUCCAGUAUGGAAUCAAAGUUGUAUUUCAGGCAGUGUACUUGCUGUGGAAGUUGAUGUGCACAGACCCUGCAGCCUACAUCUUCCUCCAGAACCCACCAGGCCUGCCUGCCAUUGCUGUAUGCUGGUUUGUGGGCUGCAUUUGUGGGAGCAAACUGGUCAUCGACUGGCACAACUAUGGCUAUUCCAUCAUGGGCUUGGUACAUGGUCCCCGGCAUCCCAUUGUGCUGCUGGCUAAAUGGUAUGAGAAGUUCUUUGGGCGCCUGUCCCACCUGAACCUGUGUGUGACCAAUGCCAUGCAGGAGGACCUGGCAGAGAACUGGCAUAUCAGAGCUGUGACUGUCUACGACAAGCCAGCAUCUUUCUUUAAGGAGACACCCCUGAACCUGCAGCAUGAGCUCUUCAUGAAGCUGAGCCGCAUGUACUCCCCUUUCCAGAGCUGCUCAGAGCCCCUGGAUCCCAGCAUGGAGAGGUCGGCCUUCACUGAGAGGGACUGUCAGAGCGGGAUGGUGAAGAGUCUACAUGGGCGGCCAGCACUGCUUGUGAGCAGCACUAGCUGGACAGAGGACGAGGACUUCUCCAUCCUGCUGGGAGCAUUAGAAAAGUUUGAACAACUAACAUUAAGUGGAGACAACCUUCCUUCCCUAGUCUGUGUGAUAACAGGGAAGGGGCCUCUCAGGGAGCACUACCGCCAUCUCAUCAGCCAGAAGCAUUUCCAGCAUGUCCAGUUCUGUACCCCAUGGCUGGAGGCUGAGGACUACCCGCUGCUUCUAGGGUCAGCGGACCUGGGUGUCUGUCUACAUAUGUCCUCCAGUGGUCUGGACCUGCCCAUGAAGGUGGUGGACAUGUUUGGGUGCUGUUUGCCUGUGUGUGCCGUGAACUUCAAGUGUUUGCAUGAGCUUGUAAGACAUGGAGAGAACGGCCUGGUCUUCAAGGAUGCGGAGGAGCUGGCAGCACAGCUGCAGAUGCUUUUCUCAAAGUUUCCUGACCCUGCUGGAAAGCUAAACCAGUUCCGGAAGGAACUCCGGGAGUCGGAGCAACUGCGGUGGGACGAGAGCUGGCAGCAGACUGUACUCCCUUUAGUCACUCAGAAAUGACCUCCAAACCAGAGGCUAGGGCCCUACCC